CUAGAAUGGUAAUUGUAGGCUAUAUUUACUCCAUAGCCAAUUAGGGAUAAUGACAACCGGCUUUAUAUAAGAAAGAAGAUUGCUUCCUGAUUUUUUAGUUUUAUAAGCACAAGAGUUCAAAGAAGUGAAGUGUUAACAUGUGUUCACCAUGAUUUUAGUGUACAUUAUUUUUGUUGGAAUAUUAUCAGCUAAAGUUUCUGCUGAUUUGUAUAACCCCCGGUAUGAUGAUUUCGACGUAGACCCACUUAUUGAAAAUGAUAGAAUACUAGUUGGUUACACUAAAUGUUUUCUCGACAAGGGGCCAUGCACUCCUGAUGCUAAGGAUUUUAAAAAAAUAAUACCCGAAGCCUUAGAAACAUCAUGUGGAAAAUGUACUCUCAAACAAAAACAGCUUAUCAAAAAAGUAAUAAGAGCCAUAAUGGAGAGACAUCCAGAAGCCUGGAGUCAGCUUGUUGAUAAAUAUGACAAGGACAAAAAAUAUAGAGAUAAUUUUAAUAAAUUCAUAGAGGAAAAAGACUAAAUUUACUUAAGUGACUAUGCUUAUGAGUUUUUAGACGUAAAUCAUUCAGCUUACAUAUAGUAUAUUUCCACUGUAGUAAUAACUGCAUGCAAUUUCAAGUUAUAAUGGAAAAUAAUCUGAUACUGUGACGCAAGUAUGACGUAUUUGUGUAAUAAUUUACAGUGUAAAUUACUAUCUGUAUUCAAAAGACAUAUUAUGUGGAAAAAUGGUAAUAUUGUUAAUAUUAUUCAUUUUGUAUUUUUACAAUAAUUGUAAAAUAAACAACAAUAUAAAAAUAAACUUAUUUUUAUAUAAAAACCGCUAUUUUAAAAUAUUCUACUAAUAUAUAACUUGUUACGAAAACUUGUAACGUACCGUACUACUCACCUUGAAGAUUUCCAGCUGAAGACAAAACAAUUAAAGGAAACGACUAACAUAAUCAAUUCAUUAAUAUAAUUAAAUAUAUUAUGUUAAAAAUAUGAAAUUAUUAAAAAUUUUUAAUAAAACAAAACGUUAGCAUUUA